AUGGAAAAGGCACUCAACAUACGCCGCUGGUGGGGACUUCCGCUUCCCCCAGAGAUCGUUCUGGAACUAUUUGAGUAUUUGGAACCCUCAGAUGUCGUGGCUCUCGCACAAGCAGCGGAGGGGUUCGCCCAGCUCGCUGUCUCAGCGUUUUCAUCUAGUCUCCGCGAACAUGGACGAACGAUAUUAUUUUCUGCUGUUGUAUGUGGACAUACAAGCAUUGUCAAGCAUUAUCUGGAAGCAGGAGCCGAUCCCUGCGCCGCUGAUGAUAAGGGAAACACGCCACUGCACUGGGCCGCUGCUUUCGGUCAUUGUAACGUGGCGACUUUACUCGUUGAUGUGGGGGCCGAUAUAAAUGCACGUCAUAAGAAUGGACUUAGUCCACUGGAUUAUGCCAUUAUAGCGGGAUAUGACCGCGUUGUGGAGGUUCUUUUGGAUAAAGGAGCCACCUUUACGGAUGUAAGGAUCGGCCAGGCUCAAAGGACGACUCUACAUGCGGUUGCCAUCAAGGGAUAUAGCCGGAUUGCAGAUAUGCUGCUAAGCCACCGAGCUCCUAUUGAUGUCAAGGAUGCCCAUGGUCAUACGCCUCUUCAUUUGGCUGUUUCGGAAGGGCAUCUUGGGAUAGUUCGGGCACUGCUUUGUGCUGGAGCAACCGUCGACAUUCAAGAUGAGAUAGGCGACUCGUCACUGCACCUCGCUGCCGGCAACGGUUAUAUUGCUAUCGUACAGGAGCUUCUGAGUAGAGGAGCAGACCCUUCUCUGCAAGGUCACGAAAAUGCUACGCCAUUGCACCGGGCAUCUUUACUGGGUUUCGUUGAUGUUGUCCAGUGUCUCCUAAAAGCUGGGGCGAAUGUGUCUGCUCAAAGCUUAGAUGGACAGACCCCUCUUCAUCAAGCUAGUGGCGCCGGUGAGGUCGCAACCGUGCGGCUGCUUCUAGAUGCCGGAAGCGGUCCUUCAAUUCCAGAUAAGAGUGGGGCCACACCACUACAUUUCGCCGUCCUUUCUGGGAAAGCAACAAUCGCCGAUAUGCUAAUAAACGCUGGAGCGCAUGUCGAUAGCAUAAAUGACAAGGAACAGACCCCCUUACACUGGGCAGCAAAAGGACAUGAAGAGAUAGUUCCUACUUUGCUGAAUCACAAGGCUGAUAUACAUGCUCUUAGCCAUACAGAGUGGACUCCGCUACAUUGGGCAGCGAAUGAGGGCCAUGUUGGUAUAACGAUAGCUUUACUGGAAGCCGGGGCCCUCGACCAGAUUCAAAAUCAACAUGGGGAAUCAGCGCUGCACUUGGCCGCUCAAAAUGGUCAUGAAGCUGUCGUUCAAUUGCUUAUCCAACGGGGCAGCAAUCCGCACCUUACCGACAAUAAACUUCGCACAGCGCUGCAUCAUACAGCUGCGGAAGGACAUGAGGCUACGGUAAAAAUGUUGCUCAGUAUCAAAGUCAGAUCAAACGUCAGAGAUAUCGAUGGUCGCACUCCGUUGUACUAUGCAGUACUCCAUGGGCAUGCGACGAUCGCGAAUAUGCUUCUUGACCGCGGUACCACCCUUGAUGAGACCGUCAAGGAAGCCUUUUAG